AUGAUUAUUGGUGUUACUUCGCAUUUUAAAAUUGGAUUCGCUUCCUACGACCUUUGUCCUUCCGCUUUAUGUAUUUGUCUUGCAGGUCCCCCCGGAGUUGGAAAGACGGAAUUGGUCCUACAGCUGAUAAACACAGAUCCCAACCACUUUCGGGAGCCCAUUCGUAUCACCACGCGCGACCCCCGUCCUGGAGAAGUGCACGGAAUCCACUACUUAUUUGUCACACCUGAGGAGUUCAACACAUUCGUCGAAGCGGAAAGCCUUAUCGACCAAUCCUCGUUCACUUCCGAGGAGAUGACUGGCCUAUGCGUGGAUGCUGUGUUGGAAAUCAUUCAAGCUGGUCAAGUGGCUAUUUUCGAGGCCGAUUACCGGAACUUGGAACACAUACGGUCAUCUCUGCUGAAGCCAUUUGUCGUGUACAUCAGUCCACCCUCAAUUGACGUCCUUUUAGAAACACGCCUAUCACAGUUGAAUCGUUUUAGUAGCCCAAAUUCUAUGAAUGGGUCAACUUCCGGAGCUGGCGUUUUAUGUUCACCGGCCAGGUCGAUGCCCGCUGCCCCUAAAUUGAUCAAUGACGCUGGGUUGGAUCGACCUAGAAGGCCUUCGGCUCAGUCAACUCCGAGAAUAGCCGCACGACGGUCACACGAGGAGCUGAGAAAUUCGAACGCAAACCACAUCCAAUCGAUGGACUAUUAUCAAAGUACAGGACGCUUUUCAGGAAGUAACUUGACCGAAACACAACUUCGUGAAAUGAGCCAAAUUGCAUCCCGUAUCGAGGUGACACACGGGCAUUUGUGGGACUGCACACUGGUGAAUGACGACCUGCCGGUCGUCCUGGAGCAACUUUCUGAGUUGGCGUAUCGAGUGGAGACGGAGGAGCUGUGGGUUCCGCUAUCUUGGCUGGUCGACAUGCAUGAGUCGAGCGGAGUGCAUCAUACCGGACAUGAAAAUGCUGUACCAAUAGUAUGA